GAUUUUCCUUAGUACUCCUCUUACCACUGAUGUAUUUGUAAAAGGCUUUCUUGUUCCUUUUUACCCCAGCGGCCAGGUUGAGUUCAAUCUGGGCUUUUGCCUUUCUGACUUUCUCUCUAUAUAUCUUAACAACUUAUCUGUACUCUUUUGGAGUCACCUGUCUUUCUUCCACAGGAGGUAGAUUCUCUUUUUCUCCCGGAACCUCAAGAAUAGCUCCCUGUUCGUCCAUGCCGGUCUUCUUCCCCGCUGGCUCAUUUUGCAGCUUGGGGACAGUCAGCUCCUGUGCCUUUAAGACUUCCCUCUCACUGCCGGAUUUCCUCCUCUGGCUGCCUCCCAUCCCCAGCACCCCCUGCCUGAUCCCCACCUGCCCGCAGGUCGAGCUGUCGGAUGGCACGUCACACACCAUCACAGAUGCCUAUGCUGGCAAGGAGUACAUCAUCCAGGUGGCCGCCAAAGACAACGACAUCGGCACGUGGAGCAACUGGAGCGUGGCUGUGCAUGCCACCCCCUGGACGGAGGAGCCCAAGCACCUCACCACGGAGGUUCAGAUCACAGAGACGACGAGCACCAGCACUUCCUCUUUCAUGCCGCCCCCCACCACCAAGAUCUGCGACAAGGGGGCCGGAGUGGGCAGUGGCGCCGUGGCAGUGUGUUGGACAGCUGGACUCGUCUUGGCUGCCUAUGGUGUCCUCUUUAUUUAGUGAGUAUGCCCCAAA